UGUGAUUGCGGCAUGCCGUCCAAGGUCUCCUAGCAGUACGGAAGGUUGAUGGAUAAAUAAAAUGUCACAGCUGAUAUCAUGUUAAAAAGAAAUAAGGUCAUAACUAGCUGCAUUAAAAAAUAAAUAAAUAAAUAAAUAAAUAAAGCAGGCAAACCCACCCUGUAGUAGUCUCUAUGAUUUGGGACACAGCCCAUGGUUUAAGCAGGUGUUUCUUGUGUCCCCACUUUUUCACCCUGUGUCAUUCUAACCCAUCCCCCGCCCCCUUUCCAUGUCCCGUCUCUCUUUGUGUUCAUAAAAGUCCUGAGUGUCGCCUUUCUCUCCUCACACGUCUCCUCACACACUGCUCAACCUGCAGCUCCAAAUAUCCACUUCUCUACCGACCCGAGCAUCGCAGUCAAUAACUUAAAAAGGGAUAAGCAACAUGCUGUGGAAAUCCCGGACGAAGACGGAUCCCUACUGUGUCCAGGAGCGCUCGGAUGGGCUCUCGGGCUCCUCACCGAGACUGUCUCAGCUCUGCUCUCUGAAUCAGACGGCCUACUCUGCGGCUCCUCCGCUGUGCCACACUCCGGCCUCGGACUUCCAGCCGCCCUACUUCCCUCCUCCGUAUCCGCAGGCGUCUCUCUCCUACUCGCAGGCUCAGGACUCGGGAUACCCGCACCUGGCCGACCCGUACCAGUCCAUCAGCUCCCUGCAUCAGCACCAGCAGGCCGCCUGGCACCCCCCGCGGGGCCGCAACCCGGAGGACGCGGGAGUCCUAACGCAGCCACACCGCGCGCUGAGCCUCGAGCCCCGGCGUGAAUACCCCGGUGUUCCGCGUCUCCUGCACGCGCUCGGAGACGGAGCAGGCGCGGGCGCGCUGGGAGACGCGCCGCUCGGUGUGCACGCGGCUCAGCAUGGAACUGACGAACUGCAGGCAAGUCUUUACGGUAUGGAGGAAACAUCAUCCCUGGGAAUCUUGGAUCAUUCUGUUAUCAAGAAAGUUCCCGUCCCGUCCAAGUUGAAUGGCUCUGCUCUGUCUGUCCUGUCCUUUGGUAAGGAUGGUUUGGGUUUGGGUGGUGUGUCCAACCCUGCUGAGGUCUUCUGCUCAGUGCCUGGACGCCUGUCCCUCCUCAGCUCCACAUCUAAGUACAAGGUGACAGUGGGGGAAGUCCAGAGGAGACUGUCUCCUCCCGAGUGUCUCAACGCAUCGCUGCUAGGAGGAGUCCUGCGAAGAGCAAAGUCAAAGAACGGCGGCCGCUGCCUCCGUGAGCGUCUGGAGAAGAUCGGUCUCAACCUUCCUGCUGGCCGCCGCAAGGCAGCUAACGUCACACUCCUCACAGCACUAGUGGAAGGAGAGGCAGUGCACCUGGCACGAGACUUUGGUUACGUGUGUGAGACAGAGUUCCCAGCAAGGGCGACCGCAGAAUACUUAUGCAGGCAGAGUGAUCCAGACCAACUACCCACACGGCGAAGCAUGCUCCUGGCCACCAAGGAGAUCUGCAAAGAGUUUGUUGACCUCAUGUCCCAGGACAGGUCGCCGCUGGGUGCGAGUCGGCCCACACCGUGCCUGGAGCCCGGGGUUCAAGGCAGCCUGACCCACUUCAGCCUGCUCACCCAUGGCUUUGGCACACCGGCCAUCUGCGCCGCCCUCUGCGCCUUCCAGAGCUACCUGCUGGAGGCCCUCAAACUGCUGGACAAAGCUGAGGGAGGAGGCAAGGGCCACCAGGAGAAAGACCUCAAGCACUGCAAAUGAAGCAGUGCUGCAUAUCCAGCAACAUCUCAAAGACAGAGACUGAGCUCUUCCCCAACCUUUAGGAGAGAGAGAGAGCGAGAGAGAGAGAGAGAAAGAAAGAAAGAGAGAGAAAGAGUGUGUGUGUGUGUGUAUGUGUAUUUAUGUGUGUGGGCAUGUAUGCUUGCUAUCUGAAUCUGACUGAAUCAGCUGCUGGAUUUGAUUCAACCUCUGUGUUACAUGAGCUAUUAGGAUGUGAUGUCCGAGAGAGAGAGCGAGAGGGAGAGAGACAGAGAGAGAAUAUGUAAAUCAUAGCUUCUCGCAUUUCUUGAUUGUGGGGUGGACAUUCACAACAGCACCCCUGUGCACUCGCCCUGUGUUUCAUUGAAAACUGAGCCACAGGCGCUGUGAAAGGCAGCUAGAGAUGGUGCACUCUGCUGAUGGGAGGGUUCGUUUAAAAACAAUGCAAAUAUUGUCUUUUUGUACUCCCUACUGUAUGUUUAUUACCCAUGUUAUCCUUAUUAUUAUUAUUAUUAUUAAUGUAUUUGAAGGUAAAUGUAAUAUAUUGUUAAAACAAAAUAAUGGAUUGUGCCUGGUUAAUGCUUCUGGUGUUAAGUUCUUAUUUGUCCUCACCAUGUUUAUACAAAACAUAGCAUGUUUUUUGCAGGGUGGUGGCUCAGUAUUUAGCACGUUUGCCUUGCACCUCCGGGGUUGGAGGCUUGAAUCUCGCCUCUGCCUCAUGUGCGUGGAGUUUGUGUGUUCUCUCCAGGUACUCCGGUUUCCUCCCCCAGUCCAAAGACACGCGUUGUAGGUUGAUUGGAUUUUCAAAUUGUCCAAAGUGUGUGAAUGUGUGGCGAUUGUGCCCUGUGAUGAGUCCAUGGUGUCCCCCUUCUUGUGCCCCGAGUUCCCAGAGAUAAGCUCCAGGCUCCUCACGACCGUGUGAAGGAUAAGCGGAACAGAAAAUGGUUGGAUGGAUGGAAUACAUUUUUUAAAAUUCUUGUAAUUUUUACUAUAUCAAUGUUUUUCAAAUGCU